UAAGUAGCGGUUCCAGCGUCAGAACCUCAGUGUAUGCUAAACGCGCGGAACGACAAUGCCGAAACAGUUGUUGAUCUUCGCUUUAUUGGUGGCUGCAGUAGCAGCUGAAGUAGACGUCGAUCCCUACAUUGAUAUUCCCUUUAAGCCGGUGAAGACGUCGGCUGACCGCAUAAGGGAGCAUGGAUAUCCCGCCGAGUCGCACUAUGUCGAAACUCCUGACGGCUAUGUUUUGAAUCUUUUUCGUAUACCCUACUCACAUAAGUUGCAGAACGAAAACACCAAAAAACCGGUUGUACUAAUACAACAUGGUCUCUUCUCAUGUUCGGAUUGUUUCCUCCUCAAUGGCCCGGAUCACGCCCUGGCAUACAACUUUGCCGAUAGUGGCUUCGAUGUUUGGUUGGGCAACGCUCGCGGCAACAUAUAUUCGCGAAACAAUACCAAGAUUUCAAUAAAUCAUCCCAAAUUUUGGGAAUUCAGCUGGCACGAAAUAGGCAGCAUAGAUAUUCCUGCAAUGAUUGAUUACAUUUUGGAGACGACUGGCGAGUCAAAAUUACACUAUGCUGGUCAUUCGCAGGGCACAACGGUGUUCUUCGUCAUGGGAAGCAUGAGACCGGAGUACAAUGACAAAAUUAAGACAGCCCACAUGUUAGCUCCGCCCAUAUUCAUGGGCAACGUCACUGACGGUUUGGUCGUAGGUCUGGCCCCUUAUGUUGGAACUCCCGGAGUGGGAUCCGACAUUCUAGGCUCCCAGGAAUUCAUUCCACACAACUACUACGUACAACGACUGCUCGACACGGCCUGUGACGGCAGCCCUCUUUUCUCCAAAUACUGCGAAGUACUCUUCCUCAUGUGGGCCGGUACCGAUAAUACCAAUCUUAAUUAUACAAUAUUACCCCAGCUGGUCGAAACCCAUCCAGCUGGCAUCUCAUCCAAUCAAGGUAUUCACUAUAUUCAAGAACAUGUGAGCAAUGAGUUCCGGCAGUUCGAUUACGGCUACUCCAAAAACAUGAAAAAAUAUGGACAAGCUGAGCCACCAAACUAUCCUCUCGAGAAUAUAUCUGCCAAUAUGUACAUAUACUAUGGUAUGGCCGAUGGCUCUGCCACUUACAUGGAUGUCCAACGUUUGCCCGAACACUUAUCCAACAUUAAAUACUUCAAAUUGAUAGAUGAUCCUAAUUGGGGCCAUCUGGACUUCAUUUUUGCAAACCAAGUCAAAGAAACGAUUAAUGAUCCAGUCAUUGGAUUCUGUAUGGAAUACGAAGCUUCUAAUGCAAUGCGAGGUUUAUAAAGAACAUAGACUACAAUAAAAUAUAAAAAGUGGUAAAAA